AUGACCUCCGCCAAUGGAUACGGCACUCUGAAUGGUUCUUCUGGAGACAUACGGAGCCUCCCUGACUCUACACAGCUCUCGUCGACGGACAAUGAGCAUGAACAUCAUCCUCUGCUACGGGGGAAGCUUCGCGGCGUGGACCAAGUGGUACCCUUGACCGAGUACCUCAACCAGGACAUUGACAAGCGAUGGGCCGACAUUCUUUUGCUGCUCUCAUACGUCAUCACGGGCCUACUCGACAGCUCCGCCGUGUUCAUCUGGGGAUCGUUCGUGAGCAUGCAGACGGGCAACACCGUUUACACGGGUCUCGGGCUGAUCGAACCCACCAAGGGCACGAGAUGGAUCAGGUCUCUCCUUUCCAUCGCCUCAUUCUGUCUGGGUUCAUUCUGCUUUGCACGCUUCCACCGCUACUUCUCACCCAAGAGGCGAUGGGUCCUCAUGGCGUCGUUUGGGCUCCAGUUACUCCUUGUGGCCGUCGCAGGGAUCGUCGUCACCAUCGAUCAACACCAACAGUCCCAAAACGAGCUGCGGUGGGAGGUUCUGGUCCCGCUGGCCUUGGUGGCUUUUCAGAGCAGUGGCCAGGCCGUCGUCAGUCGCGCAUUGCAGUAUAAUAGUCUGACGAGCGUGGUCUUGACGAGUAUCUACUGCGACUUGUUUUCCGAUCCUCUUUUGAUGGCUGGCCUCACGCAGAAUGUCGAGAGGAACAGGAGAGCUGCUGCGCCGGUGUUGUUGCUGGCCGGAGCGAUCUUUGGGGGGUUGUGGGCUCAUAGUUCGGUAGGUCUCGCGGGUGCCUUGUGGACGGCUGCUGCGUUGAAGGUGGUCAAUAUCUGUGCUUUUUUCCUUUGGAGGGCUGAGAGGAAGUCAGUUACCAGGACUGAAACGACUUGA